AUGGCGAUUCAGCUCAACAUCGGCGCUCUCAACAUACAAAUCACCGCAGAGCCUCUUACUCACGAGGCCUUCUCAUCCUUUGGAGAUGUCGUCUCCAACCCACGGCCCGAUGUCCACCCCUCCUCAUUCGACGCUCAUGCCCAAUCCUUACCGCCCAACGCCUUCUCGGCCAACCAAGGCUCCGCAAUCCAGUAUCGAAAUGUAAGUCGCCUCAAGAAUCUUUACGAUCAGGCCCCCAGCGGCAAAGGCGAGCCCAUCAUGAGCAUAUUCGUCUGCGCAGCAAGGGGCGGCGCCGGGAGCUCUUCUCUGGAGGCAAAUACAUUCACGGUGCGCCAUCUCGAACGACAUCCAUUCACGGCGCAAACAUUCACGCCUAUCAAAUCUACCGCUUCAUCGUACCUGGUGAUUGUCGCUCCGAGCCUCCCGCCUGGCUCUGACGAUAAAGAUUUGCCUGUACCGAGCGGCGAUGGGCUACCCGGGAGGGGCUUCCCGGAUCUCAAGCGCCUGCGUGCGUUUGUCGCUACAAACAGCCAGGCUGUUACUUACGGUGCAGGGACAUGGCAUUCUCCGAUGGUGGUAUUGGGGCAGACGGGGACACGGUUGGAUUUUGUGGUAUCGCAAUUUGCCAGUGGUGUUGCGAUUGAAGACUGUCAGCUGCUCGAGUUUAUCUCAGACGGCAAAGACGAGCCUAGCAUUCGGGUUAAGAUACCCCAUAGAGAUUGCAUACUGUAUUCCACCGAUGCUAAAAAUAAGCUCGAAGACUUGUCUGGGAUUGUCUUGAAACCGGGCGAGAACCCAUACGAGGCCUUCAUCCGAGCCUGCGAUAACAAGCCUCAAGAACUUCAAGCGUUGUACAAUGCUCAUCGCACCAAGCGCAACGCUCUCCAGAAGGAAAAGUUCCUGUCUCCAGAGUACAAGGAGCUCGUAAUUGACCAAUGCCUCCUUCGCCUUGAAAACCCGGAAAUAGAGCCUGGCUUCGUCGAUGAGCGCAACUGCUUGACGGUGUGGGCUCGCCCUCCAAGCCACAUUAUCGAGCUGGCCGCAAAGAUUCAAGCUCGUCUCCAACAGGCUUCGCCAAAAAUCUGGCUCAUGCCCCCUCACAGGAUGCAUAUGACGACUCUUGAGGUCGCCUUCUCAAAAACCCCCCCGGAGAUUGGCUCGCUCGUCUCUGCUUUACGUCCUGCCAUUCCCUCUAUUGCUUCAUAUACCCACACCCACCGGUCUCGUCUUGUCAAGCCCAUGGUAUCAUAUGACCUCUCUGCUUUUGCUCUCUCGUUUCUCCCAUCUUCUGGUGAGCCUACUGUUUCACCGCCCCCAGUUGCCCCUGAUGUUUCUGCUGGUGCUGUGAUCCAGGGAGACGACUACACAUAUCACCACCUCCGACGAGACAUCUUUGACAAGGUCAAGGAUGCGGGCAUCGAGGUUGGAUCCCGAUACCAGGUUCCCAGCGCUCAUAUUACUCUGGGCAGGUACUUGACAGAUGAAGAGCAUGAUACUCCUGAAAAGAGAGAGAAGUGGGUCAAGGCCAUCGAUGACAUCAAUAGCUGGCUAGAGAACGAGAUUUGGGAUCAGAAAGAUGCUCAGUUUAUUGGUGAGUGGAUCGUUGGGCAAGAAAGAGGACUUGAUAUUCGUAAUGGCGCUGUGUGGUAUGGGCAAGGCCGCAGUGUUUUGCUGGGCGAGGGCUUUUAG